AUGGUGUCGCAGAUGGUUAAAGACUUGUUUCUCCAAGCAGGCCUCAUCCUCGUCGUCGUCGUCGCCUUCCUCGCCAUCCACAACAUCCCCCAGAAGCUCCUCGCCAACCUCCGCUUCCGCUUCCGCAACAAACCCAAAGCGCAAGCCAAGCGCCACUUCGUCCUCGGCGCCCAGCUCCUCGCCCAAGCCCGAUCCGCCGCCUCUCCCUCCUCCGCUUCCUCCCUCUUCCAGCAAACCCUCGACGAAGCCGAAAAGGCCAUCUCCCUCGACCCCAAGGACGCCGCUGCCCACAUCCUCAAAGCCCUAGCCCUCGACUCUCAGGGCUACAAGACCUCCGCCCUCGACGCCAUCGACAUCGCUCUCUCCCCUUUCGCCGCCAAGAGCCUCACCGAGGAGGAACGCGGCGAUGCGCUCGUCAAGAGGGCGGAGAUCAGGCUGUCGAUGAACCGAAGCAGCCAGGUUGACUCGGUGAUCUCCGAUUUGACUCGGGCUGUGGAGCUGAGCCCGGAGAAUGUGAAGGCGUUUUGUACGCUCGGAGAGUGCUACGAGGGGAAGAAGAUGACGGAAGAGGCCAGGAAGGCCUACGAGGCGGCGCUGAAGGUCCAGCCCAGAUUGAAAGUCGCGAGGGAUGCUCUCGACCGGCUCGGUUCGAGUUAG